CUAUGGUCUACGUCACCUCCUGUCGUCACGUCUUGCUAUUGCUAUUUCCGUGUUGCUGUGCUAAUCAUAUCGAUCGAUGAGGAAAGGUGUAAUCUAUUCCAGUCACUGGAACAACGUCCGUGCUGAACAUUUCCACCGAGCUGGCGAGGUGAGACGCCAUACAACUCACAUACAUUGACUCGACGACGUCAGGGAAGAAAAUCUUCCUCCUGAGCAGCAGGAGUGGACCUCCAACAUGAAGCAGGAGGAGCUACAGCUCCCUCAGAUUAAAGAGGAAGAAGAGGAGCCACAGAACCCCUACUUUGAAGAGGUGGAGCCACAGUCCCCCCAUAUUAAAGAAGAAAAGGAUGAACCACGGCCCCUCCAUAUCAAAAAGGAAGAGGAGGAACACAGCAUCAGUCAGGAGGGAGAGCAUAUUGAAAGGUUGCGGGAGUUCCGGUUGAUUGGUGACAUUGUGAAGAGUGAGGGUGAUGAGAUCAAAGUUGAAAGUGUGAAGAGAGAGGUGGAGCCUUCAAGCAGCAGCUCAACUCGACACAUGACAACAGAAGCUCAUGGAGACCACUGUGGAGGAUCACAAGCAGAUAACCUCUUAAUUCCACUUUCAGAGAGUGAGGACACAACAUCACACUCUUCUGACACUGAUGAUGAAGACUAUCAAGCGGGUAUGACACGUGACACUGACAACACACAUUUUAAAUGCUCUCGUUGUGACAAAACUUUUAAAUACCAUAGCCUACUGAAAACACACAUGAGAAUACACACUGGAGAGAAACCAUACAAGUGCUCAGUUUGUGGUAAAAGUUUUUCCCAGAAGGUAAGUUUGACCAAACACAUGAAAAUACACACUGGUGAGAAACCUUUCAUGUGCACUGUUUGUGGUAGAAGUUUCACUCUGAAAGGAAAUCUGAAAACACACACCAAAAUACACACCGGAGAUAAACUUUUUACCUGUUCAGUUUGUGGUAAAAGUUUCACUCAGAGUGGAACUUUGACAAAACACAUGAAAGUACACACCGGAGAGAAACCUUUUUCAUGUUCAAGCUGCAAUGAAAGCUUUUGUGACAGAACAAAUCUUGGAAGGCACAUGAGAAUACACACUGGUGAAAGACCAUUCAAAUGCACUGUGUGUGGUAAAGGUUUCACUCAUCAAGGAAAUUUGACACAACACACAAGAAUCCACACUAGAGAGAAACUGUUUAUCUGUUCAGUGUGUGGUAUAAGUUUUGUACAACAAUCCCAUCUGAAAAAACACAUGACAAUACACACCGGAGAGAAACCAUUCAUAUGCUCAGUUUGCGGUAGAAGUUUUGCUCAGAAAGGAUCUUUAACAAAACACAUGAGAAUACACACUGGAGAGAAACCUUUUUCAUGUUCCAGCUGCAACAAAAGCUUUUCUGACAGAUCAAGUUUUGUAAGACACACAAUAAUACACACUGGUGAGAAACCUUUCAUGUGCUCAGUUUGUGGUCGAAGAUUCUAUUACAAAGGAAAUUUGACAACACAUUUUAAAAUACACACUAUAGAGAAACGGUGUGUAAAACCUUUUUCAUGUUCAAGCUGUAACAAAAGCUUCAAUAAACAAAGAAAUCUUGUAAAACACGAGAGAAUACACACUGGUGAGAAACGUAUUUUCUGUUCAAGCUGCCAAAAAAGCUUUUGUGACAGAAAAAGCCUUGCGACUCACAUGAGAACGCACUCUGGUGACAGACCAUUUGUGUGCUCAGUUUGUGGUAAAAGUUUCACUCAGAAAGGAAAUUUGAAAACACACACUAAAAUACACACUAAAGAGAAAAUGCUUACCUGUUCUCUGUGUGGUGAAGGUUUUGAACAAAAAGUAGAAUUUAAAAAACACAUGAGAACACACAGUGAGAGAACUUGUUGAGUUGAAGUGUGUGUUAAAGAUUCUCUGAUACAUGCCAGGGUAAAAGUCAGUAGUGUGCUGAGGUUUAUUCCGGAAAGCAGGUUAAGUAAAACCUCUGAGAUUAGGGAAAUUUAGGGUUUUUUAUUCGAAAAAAGAGAGGUUAGUUGAUGUCAGUUACCAUGGUAACGAACUCUACCUAACCUGUUCACUGGCAGGUUUUCUUGAACAAACCCUGUUUUUGAUGAACAUGAAGCAAACAAUCAGAAAUAGUUCAAACAAAUAAUUAUUGACAGUUUAUGUAGGUAGAGGAUUUUCAGGCCAUGGCUAGUUAUAUACACUAUCGUUGUAUACAAAUAUCUGAUUAGCCAAUUUAAAAAAAAUACUGGAUUUUAGGUACUUUAAAGGCCUACUGAAAUGAUUUUUUUUUAAUUUAAACGGGGAUAGCAGAUCCAUUUUAUGUGUCAUACUUGAUCAUUUUGCGAUAUUG